GCCUUAUUGUACAACCAGUAAGCCAUUAACUAUGAGUUUUCCCUCUAUAACCUCAGAAGUAUUGCUUAUUAGUAGUACCAUCUCAAUAUGCUUCGCUUAGUAUGGACUUUAUAAGGUGGUGGUACCACAAGAAGAGUUAUUCUCCCUUACUAGCACUUAAUGAAUAUGAUCUGUUCUUACAUAACAAAACACAAAACUACAAGUGUUCAUAGUGUUAAAUUACUCUAAAUUAAGUUUUUGUUACUUAGAAUAUGUUCCCCAUACUAAAGUGACAUCUUGAUCAUUACUAAUUCACUAGUAAUUAAGUUUUUGUUACUUAGAAUAUGUUCCCCAUACUAAAGUGACAUCUUGAUCAUUACUAAUUCACUAGUAAUUGUUUUUGUUACUUAGAAUAUGUUCCCCAUACUAAAGUGACAUCUUGAUCAUUACUAAUUCAUUAGUAAUUAAGUUUUUGUUACUUAGAAUAUGUUCCUCAUACUAAAGUGACAUCUUGAUCAUUACUAAUUCACUAGUAAUUAAGUUUUUGUUACUUAGAAUAUGUUCCCCAUACUAAAGUGACAUCUUGAUCAUUACUAAUUCACUAGUAAUUGUUUUUGUUACUUAGAAUAUGUUCCCCAUACUAAAGUGACAUCUUGAUCAUUACUAAUUCAUUAGUAAUUAAGUUUUUGUUACUUAGAAUAUGUUCCCCAUACUAAAGUGACAUCUUGAUCAUUACUAAUUCACUAGUAAUUAAGUUUUUGUUACUUAGAAUAUGUUCCCCAUACUAAAGUGACAUCUUGAUCAUUACUAAUUCACUAGUAAUUAAGUUUUUGUUACUUAGAAUAUGUUCCCCAUACUAAAGUGACAUCUUGAUCAUUACUAAUUCACUAGUAAUUAAGUUUUUGUUACUUAGAAUAUGUUCCCCAUACUAAAGUGUUACCAUGACAUCCUCAUAUCGUUGUCCUGUUGCAAUUCCUACAUAUCCCAUAAUCCAUUGCGGCAGUUGGCUCCGCUGUCCCAACAAUGUCCCUUACCUUUUAAUGCAGCCGGGAACGUACGAGUGGAAUAAUACCCCGGCUUUUACGAUUCGUUGCACGGCGUGACAACAUUUAAACGGAGCAAAAGAUGGAGCAACGACCGAAAUCCGUGUCUUAGGUCGGCCAUUGCCGAACGAGUUACGUUACACAACGAGCUCGUUACGCAAGCUGUUUAGUAACAAUCCCACGUGCGGGGGGGUUUUUAAACCGGGCACCGUCGCAGACGCGCACGUUCCAUCUUCCGCGCGCAGGUUGGCCAGCUUUGCUUUGUUUUGCAAGAGCGGGUCAGCGGUUAGAGCACAAUGCCGGAGGGACCGGAGCUCCACCUGGCCAGCCUGUUCGUCAACAGGGUGUGUAGCGGAGUGGUGUUCACGGGACCGGUCCGAAAGUCCGAGGUCAGCAAGAGCCCCGACGUGCCCUUCACCUGUGACGCAUACCGCGUCACGGCCUCGUCCAGGGGGAAGGAAGUGAAGCUCACGCUGACGCCCGUCAAGACUGACGGCAGCACGCCGGGAGUCGAGGCGAGGCCGGCGGACCGGCCCAUGGACAUUGUGUUCCGCUUUGGCAUGUCGGGCUACUUCCGGUUCACCGCCGAGGACGAGCUUCCCAAGCACGCGCACCUGCGUUUCCGUUCCAGCGAGAAGCCCUGCCGAGUGCUGAGUUUCGUGGACGCGCGCAGGUUCGGCAGCUGGGUACCGAAUGGCACCUGGCAGACCGACCGAGGGCCCUGCAUCAUGUUUGAGUACAAGAGCUUCAGAGAGAACGUCUUGUCACACCUGUCAGACCGUGCCUUUGAUAGGCCCAUUUGUGAAGUUCUACUGAAUCAGAAAUACUUCAACGGUAUCGGGAACUACUUGAGAGCCGAAAUUCUUUUCAGAUUGAACAUCCCACCCUUUGUGCAGGCAAGGACCGUGUUGGAAGGCCUCGAGUCAGAAGAUCCGUUUGUAAAAGGGGAGCCUAUGAAAGAGGAGUCUGCAGACACAAAGACCUCUCACAGGAACUCAAAGAAAAAACUGGAAGUGGAGACUGCUGACCUGCUAAGAUUGUGUCAUACUGUUCCUCUGGAGGUAGUGAACUUAGGUGGGAAGGGCUAUGAUCCAGAGAAAUCCGACUACUCCGACUUUCAGGCGUGGCUUCGAUGUUAUUAUGUGGAUGGGAUGAAAUCUAUCCGGGACCACAACGGGAGAACUAUGUGGUUCAAAGGGGAUCCUGGCCCCAUGGCACCAAAAGAUCAGAUUUCUUGCAUCCCAUUAACCUCCAUAGAUUCCAAAUCACCCAAGGCCAAGAAGAGGAUAAAGAAAGAGGAUGACCACGAUUACGUCGGGAAGAAAAAGGUGCCCAGACGUCGCUCUAAAAGCACCACAAAGGAAAAUGCUGUCAAAUCACAGAUGGGGACAAACAAGGAAAAAGUUGAGCCUCUGAGGGGAACGAGAUCUAAGAGACGGAUGUCUGCACCAAAGAAGCAGGAAGACGAUGUGCAUGAAAAUAAACAUCGCACACCACGCAAGAGAAAAUGCAACAGUGCCGAGAAGGCCGAUGGAACGAGGUCGACAGCAGGCCCACAGAGGCGCAGUGCAAGACUGACCAGACACAACAACAAAUAAACAGACUUUUCUCCGCUGGGACAGAUCACAUGAAACCAUUUUAACUUUUUUUUACUAAGAGAUUUUUUUUAAUAAAAAGAUUUUGCAAAACAACUGUAAAUUGAGCGUACUUGUUGACACAAGCCUUG